GAGGCAGCCCUUAGCUCGUGGAAGGGGCGGAACCGGGAUCUCGCCCAGUCCUAGAGGAGCCGGAAGUGCCUAGGGAUUGCGGGGCCGGAGACACUUACCUGCUGACCCUGUACCCUCAGGUAGAAGCGGCGGCUCCGGGAACCCGGAGUCCAGUGGGCAGCUCCCCAGAGGCUCGCGGCGCCCUGGAUGGCCUUACCCGGUGCCCCGAUUUGACAGAAGUGAGCAUCGCACUUGGAGAAGGGAGGGGGCCCCACGGCCGACUGGGAUCAGAACCCACGUCUUCAGGCGCACCUCCCAGCUCAUCAGGGCUGCCCAUCUGCGGAGGCAAUCCGAGGACCACCAGGACCACACACCGGAAGCCUGAGCCAUGAACUACAUGGGGCAGCUGGCGGAGACUGUGUUCGGCACGGUGAAGGGCCUCUACCGGGGCCUGAACCCGGCCACGCUGAGCGGGGGCAUCGAUGUGCUGGUGGUGAGGCAGGUGGACGGCUCCUUCCGAUGCUCGCCCUUCCACGUGCGCUUUGGCAAGCUGGGCGUCCUGCGCUCGCGGGAGAAGGUGGUGGACAUCGAGAUCAAUGGGGAGCCCGUGGACCUGCACAUGAAGCUGGGGGACAGUGGGGAGGCCUUCUUCGUCCAGGAGCUGGAGAGCGAUGAGGAAGACGUGCCUCCCCGCCUGUGCACGUCACCCAUCCCUUGGGGGGGCCUGGCGGGGUUCCCUUCGGACUCCCCGCUGGGCACCACCAGCGAGCCUGACGCCAGCAUCGCGGGCAUGGUCCCCACCGGGCGGAAGAAGAAACGGCGCAGGAGGAAGACCAAGCGGAAGGAGGACACGGCGGCCGCCGAUUCUAGUUCAGAGGAGCUGGAGGCAGGCGCUGAGAGUGAGCCAUCCCUGCUGGAAAAGCCGAGGCCGGAGCCCCCGGGGCUUCCACGCCCUGCCCAGGGUACCUGUCCUGUCAGGGACCGUUUAUUUCCCUGUGGCCCCCUCAGCAGCAUCCAGCAGGAAGGGGAGUCCUCACCGGAGCCCAAAGACAUCUACCCCUACUCUGACGGCGAGUGGCACCCCCAGGCCAGCCUCUCGCCAGGUGAGCUAACAUCUCCCAAGAGUGACUCGGAGCUGGAACUGCGGAGCCCCGAACCCAGCCCCCUGAGAGCGGAGUCCCACAUGCAGUGGGCCUGGGGGAGGCUGCCGAAGGUGGGCAAAGCUGAAUGGCCCGAGUCCUCGGUGGUCGCUGAUGCCAACUCCAGGACAGCCUCUCCGCCUAAGGGGGCGCCCAGCACCCCCUCCGCCUCUGUGAUUAGCGUGGACCCUCCAGGACCCCCAACCCUGAAGACAGGGGCUGGCACUGACCUUCUUCAGCCUGACACGGAGGUGCCUGCUCUGGCGGGUUCCCCUCUCUCUGCCCCUGAGAGGGAGGAAACCAAGACUCAGAGUUCGGGGGACGCGGGCCCCCGUCCUCCAUCCAAAUCCUGGAGCUGGGCUGCUUUAGAAGACCCCGCUCACACCCGCAAGCCAGAGGGGGUGUCCCAGAGGAAAGGUUCCCUGAAGAGAAGCCAGCACCUGGGCCCCAGUGACAUCUACCUGGAUGACCUGCCCUCCCUGGACUCUGAGAAUGCAGCCCUUUACUUCCCCCAGAGCAGCGGUGGGCUGGGGGCCAGGAAGUGGAGUGCUCCUGACAGCGUGAAGCCGCUGGGGGACUGCAACCCUGAGCAGGAGCCAGAGCCCGCUGCGGACACAGCAGGCACUGUGGUGCUGUCCCUCUGUGGGGGCCUGGCCGAUGGCAGGGACGUCUCAGCGGAGAAGUUCAACCAGCACAUGGUCUCCUACCAGGACCUCGCCCGAAACCCCGGCCUGCUGGACGACCCGAACCUGGUGGUGAAGAUCAAUAAGCAGCAUUAUAACUGGGCUGUAGCUGCCCCCAUGAUCCUGUCCCUGCAAGCCUUUCAGAAAAACUUGCCCAAGAGCACCAUGGACAAGCUGGAGAAGGAGAAGAUGCCCCGGAAGGGAGGCCGGUGGUGGUUUUCCUGGCGACGCAGGGAUUUCCCGGCCAAGGAGUGCAGCGCCCAGAGGGAGAAAACCACAGCACGGGAGCAGCAGGGGGAGAAGACAGAAGCCCUGAGCAGUGAGGAUGACACCCUGGACAGCCCCGUCAUCCUGGAGGCCCCCUCCCCGCCCCCCUCGCCCCCAGCCCACGCCCCUGCCUACAAGAAGUCCCUCCGCCUCUCCUCCAGUCAGAUCCGGCGCCUGAACCUGCAAGAAGGUGCCAACGAUGUGGUCUUCAGUGUGACCACCCAGUACCAGGGCACCUGCCGCUGCAGGGCCACCAUCUACCUGUGGAAGUGGGACGACAAGGUGGUCAUCUCCGACAUCGACGGCACCAUCACCAAGUCGGACGCGCUGGGCCACAUUCUGCCCCAACUGGGGAAAGACUGGACACAUCAGGGCAUCACCAGUCUCUACCACAAAAUACACCUAAACGGGUACAAGUUCCUCUACUGCUCGGCACGGGCCAUCGGCAUGGCCAACCUCACCAAGGGGUACCUGCAGUGGGUGAGCGAGGCGGGCUGCGGCCUCCCCAAGGGCCCCAUCCUGCUGUCCCCCAGCAGCCUCUUCUCCGCCCUGCACAGGGAGGUGAUAGAGAGGAAGCCAGAGGUGUUCAAGAUCGCCUGCCUGAGUGAUGUCCAGCAGCUCUUUCUGCCCCAGGAACAGCCCUUCUAUGCCGCCUUUGGGAACAGGCCCAAUGAUGUCACUGCCUACCGGCAGGUCGGCCUGCCUGCCUGCCGCAUCUUCACGGUCAACCCCCGGGGAGAGCUCAGCCAGGAGCUGAUGAAGAACCACAAGUCCACGUACGAGCGGCUCAGCGAGGUGGUCGAACUCCUCUUCCCGCCCGUGGCCCGCGGCCCCAGCACAGACCUGGCCCACCCUGAAUACAGCAACUUCUGCUACUGGCGGGAGCCGCUGGCCCCCGUGGACCUUGAUGCCUUGGCCUGAGCCUGCCUCCGGCUGCCCGCCGACCAUGGCCCAGCCCAGAACUGACUGUGUCCCAGGGCAUGUGGGUCAGAAAGCCAGGUGCCUGCUUGGCCAACCCGCUGAAGGUGGGGGGCGGGGGGGGUGCUGUGAGCUGGCCUUGGCCUCUCCUGUCCCUGGGUCUUGGCCAGCUGGGCUACGGUCAGGGGGCAAGGGGGCCGCUGCUUCAGGCCCCGGCAUGGCCCUGCCCUGUAGCCAGGAAAUGACUGGGUCCUUGCAGGGUUCUCUACACCCUUGAUGUCUCUUUCCUUCUCACCCGGGACCCGGACUCAACUCCUGACAGGACAGAGAUGAGAGAGAGGCCCCUCUGAGGCUUGAGGCCUGUACGCCCAGGAGAGGGGUGAUGGCAGCUAACCAUCCAGGGAAGAAAUUGUCUUCCAACCCUCUGUGGGGAGCCUGCACUGUGCCCUCUGAAGCCAGAUCCUCCAUAGCCCCGGCCCCUUCCCACAGCUCUGGAGCCAGCCAGAUAUUACCAUGGAGCCCCACCGGUGCCCUGGUGUCUCAGCCUAUCCGGACCCCAGAGGUGCUGGGACCCCCCCCCAGCCUCUGGGGAGGGAGAUGCCACAUACCCAGACCCUCCCCGCACCUCCACUGAGGACACAGCCCAAGACUCUGCCUGCCCCCCCACCCCCAGCCCUUGCUGGUCAUUCCACCACCCACACAGCCGCUGCAUGAGUUUCUGUCCGAGGGGCUGUGGGAAGCAGGGCCAACACCCCUCUGCCGCCAUCCCUCCCGCCGCCUUUGGGGAAGAAAGGACCUUUAGACAGGCUAAAAGCUUUAAUCCAGGCCUGCCCUACCCACCCCCCGACCACCACCCCUAGCACCAAAGUGGAGGGCAGAACACCAAAUGUCAGGAACGCAGAAGGCGGGGCUGCGAGCUACCACGGGGGCACCCAGGCCCCCGUGGGGAAACCGAGGCCAGAAGCCUCAGCAGGGAUGGGUCUCCGCGGGGUAUGUGAGCCAGACGAACACUUGUGUUCUCAUGUUGUCAUACCUGAAUUUCUCACCCUGUUGUGAACAUCCACGCAGGGCCGGGGUUUUCCAAGGAUGUCGGAAACUAGGCCUGGAGCCCUUGCUCUCCAGCCGUGGCCUCCUGCCCAGGGUCUGGCCUCAUUCGGGCCAUGACGUACAUGAGGGCUGCCCUCCAGAGGGAGGCUCUAACCUGGGGCGGGGGGUGGAUUUUCCCCCAAAUGGAAAGCAGGGGACCAAGCAGGGACCAGAGUACCCUAGAAACAUCUUUGGGGAAGGGAAGGAAAAAAAGGAUAAAUUACAGUGGGAGGGGCCUCCAAACAUCCUUUCCGCCAGGAAAACACAGCUGCCUAAGCCCUCACCUUGGGGGAGGAUCAGAAGGAAUAAAGAGUGCUCUCGCCGA